CUUGAGCUCGCCCUUUCUGAAGCCAUCAUGUCUGUGACCAAGAGUGUCGGGAGUCCGCAGGUAGCCACCACUGUCAAUCUGGACCUUCCUGAGAGUGCCAAGAAGGUGCAGAGCCAGGAUCCCAGUCCAGUGAGUGGGAGCUCUUCAGAGUCAUCAGAGAAGACCAAGGGCAUAACCGGGUUCCAGACAUUGGUUCAUCUGGUCAAAGGCAACAUGGGCACAGGGAUCCUGGGACUCCCCCUGGCUGUGAAGAAUGCGGGCAUCUUGUCCAACAGACUGAACAAGCCUUUCAUGGACUAUGGGGACACAGUGAUGCACGGACUGGCUUCCAGUCCCAACGCCUGGCUGCAAAACCACGCCCACUUGGGGAGGCAUGUGGUGAGCUUCUUCCUCAUCAUCACCCAGCUGGGUUUCUGCUGUGUGUACAUUGUGUUUCUGGCGGACAAUUUAAAACAGGUAGUAGAAGCUGUUAACAGCACAACCAUCAGCUGCCACAGGAACGAGACGGUAGUUCUGACGCCCACCAUGGACUCUCGACUCUACAUGCUCUCCUUCCUGCCCGUUCUGGGGCUUCUGGUGUUCAUCAGGAAUCUCCGUGUCCUUACCAUCUUCUCCCUGUUGGCCAACAUCAGCAUGCUGGUCAGCCUGGUCAUCAUUGCCCAGUACAUCAUCCAGGGAAUUCCAGAUCCCAGCCAGUUGCCACUGGUAGCAAGCUGGAAGACCUACCCGCUCUUCUUUGGAACAGCCAUUUUUUCAUUUGAAAGCAUCGGUGUGGUCCUGCCUCUGGAAAACAAGAUGAAGGAUGCCCGCCGCUUCCCAACCAUUCUGUCUUUGGGGAUGUCCAUCAUCACCACUUUGUACAUUGCCAUCGGGGCUCUGGGCUACCUGCGGUUUGGAGACGACAUCAAAGCCAGCAUCACUCUUAACCUGCCCAACUGCUGGCUGUACCAGUCAGUCAAGCUCCUGUAUGUCGUUGGCAUCCUGUGUACCUAUGCCCUGCAGUUCUACGUCCCUGCGGAAAUCAUCAUCCCUCUUGCUGUCUCCCAGGUGUCAAAACGCUGGGUGCUGCCCUUGGACCUGUUCAUCAGGCUCGCCCUGGUCUGCCUCACAUGCAUGCUGGCCAUCCUUAUCCCCCGCCUGGACCUGGUCCUCUCCCUGGUGGGCUCUGUGAGCAGCAGCGCCCUGGCCCUCAUCAUCCCACCCCUGCUGGAAGUGGUCACCUACUAUGGAGAGGGCAUUAGCCCCCUGACCGUCGCCAAGGACGCCCUCAUUAGCAUCCUGGGGUUCAUGGGCUUCGUGGUGGGGACCUACCAGGCCCUGGAUGAGCUGAUCAAGUCCGGGAACUCUCUCCCCCUGUCCAACUCCACCAUGCUUAUUCAGUGACAGAGCCUCACCUCGCCCACGGCGACUUAUGUUGUCUAUGAAUCUUUUCUCUUCGCCUUCGCCUUUUCUCUGGUC